CGCACUGUUUACACCACGACAGUCUGACCGCGGUGCGUCCGUGUUUGACGUGUAGCUCACGUCUGGUCUGCAUGUGUGUGUGUGUGAAAUGUCAAAAUGGCGUCUUCUCAGGACGCUUGGUAUCUCUCGUUGCUAGGUCUGGCCGAGAACUUUCGCACGUCGAACCCGCCGAACAUCAAGUCGUGCAUUCAGUGUCUGCAAGCGGUUUUCCACUUCAAGCCGCCGCCGCGCGUCGAGGCGCGCACCCAUCUCCAGCUCGGCAACAUUCUGCUCACUCACACGAAAAACAUCGAUUUGGCGCGAUCCCAUUUGGAACAAGCGUGGCGACUGAGUCAGAGUAUAAACGCCUUUGACGACGUGAAGUUCGAAGCGGCUAGCGUGGCGGCGGAAUUGUACGAGCAACAGCAACAGCCAAAUCUGAGCAAACCGAUACUGAGGAAGGCGAUAGAACUGUCUCAACACAAUGUUUACUGGCACUGCAGGCUCAUCUUUCAACUUGCACAAAUUCAUGCCUCGGACAGAGAUUUCAUGGCGGCGAGCAGUCUGCUUGCGGUGGGCGUUGAUUACUCUCACAUAAGCAAUGCCAGUUAUACCAAAGUUCUGUUUCUUCUGAGCCGGUGUAUGCUUCUGUUGAUAGACAAGAAAUUCACAGAGGUUCAUCCUCUUCUUACAUCGGCGAAUCAUCAUGUAGAAAAUUGGCAGGGUAGUCCGCAUCAAAAGGAAUAUCUAAAAGUGUACUUUCUAGUUCUUCAAGUGUGUCAUUAUCUUAUGGCUGGUCAGGUGAAAAGUGUGAAACCUUGUUUGAAACAAUUGCAACAGAGUAUACAGACUCUAAUGUCUCCAAGUUGGCCGGCGGAUGAUGUAGUCACAGGUUCCAAUAUAGGAGACAUGUUCAUAUGGAUGCCAAAAGAUCAUUUGUACGUUUUGGUUUAUUUAGUAACCGUAAUGCAUUCUAUGCAAGCGGGAUACAUGGACAAAGCGCAGAAAUAUACUGACAAGGCGCUUACCCAAAUUGAAAAACUGAAAAUUAUUGAUAAUAAGCCUAUCUUGUCUGUGUUUCAACUGAUGCUUCUGGAGCAUAUAAUUAUGUGUCGGCUCGUAAUGGGAAACAAAAGUAUGGCUCUCGCGGAAAUUUCACAGGCGUGCCAGCUCUGCAGGCGGCAGCCUAGAUUACUUCAGGGUCACAGACCUCAAUUACACGCAUUACUAGGUUUAUACGCGAUGUCUAUGAACUGUAUGGAAGCUGCGGAGGCUCAAUUCUCAGCUGCGCUCAGGACGUCGCAAGAGAGAGAACUCUGGACAUUCGCGCAUCUGAAUCUAGCGAUAGUGUAUCUCAGAACGAAGAGGGAAGCCGAGUUGGGAGCGUUAUUAGAAAGGAUAAAUCCGGAAUCUCUGCCGUCGCAUUCUCACUCACUGAGAGCAGCUGCUUAUUACGUACAAGGACUCCAAGCCUUUUUUGGUGCUAGAUACAAUGAGGCGAAACGGUAUCUUAGGGAAACCUUAAAAAUGGCAAACGCGGAAGACCUAAACAGACUCACCUCGUGUAGUCUCGUGCUCUUGGGACACAUAUUUCUCUCGCUGGGAAAUAGCCGGGAGUCGAUGAACAUGGUCACACCUGCAAUGCAAUUAGCUUCUAAAAUACCCGAUGUACAUGUGCAAUUGUGGGCUACUGCGAUUCUUAAAGACUUGUACAGAAUUUGCGGCGAUCACACACAGGAGAACGAGGCGUUCCAGAUGCACCGCACGUUUUCUCAGACUCUCUUGAAAGAUCAUUUCCAAAGUACUCAAAUGAGCGAGUACUCGCUCAUCAAUUGGACCGAGGGUCCGGUGCCUGUUUUACCAAGCAAUCCGCCGCCGUCUACGUCGCAGGCGAUUCUUUAAUGAUAUAAAAAAACAAGAGUAUAUUUAGAAGUCGAUUAAUAAGAGCAAAUCAAGUGCAUGCAUUGUACUUUCAGUACAAUAAAUUCUGUAUCAACUAUUGCAAUUUUAUUGAUGUUUUUUUUUGUUUUAUGACCAAAAAGUAAACGUUGAUAAUUUGGACACAACGGGAUGAAAGCGCAGCAUCUUGGUUAUAAAACAUUUAUAUAGCACGCAGCAUGAGACCGAUAGGGUAUGGAAAUUUGAUUAAAACGAGCGAAGUUUUUAUCUUCUGUAUAUCCAAAACACUUUUUUUCGCUACACAUGUUUUCAUUGAAAG